CGCGCCAUUCCGCGUGAAAUGAGCCGUUAGUCAGAACGGUACCAUCGAGGAGAACACACGCGUAGCCCGGAGCAGGCCCGCUCAGCCUGCCCGACCGCGACCACCGCCCUCCACACACACCGCGAAAGUGAUAUUUCCACAUUGUUGGCUGGCCAGUUUUUGCUUGUAUGCCCCUGGUGCCAGUGCUGGUAGACCAACGCCUCACUCCGUCCCCGCCCGGCCCCGCAGCCACAGCGCCUCCACCUCCUCUCCGACUUCUUGUCUAGUCAAGUCCGGUGGUGCCCGGCUUAGGGUAGCGCCACCGGCGUCCCCUUCCUCAGUGCCAACCCCGCCUGCCUUCUAUAGGCCUACGUGUGACAGCAUAUAAGGCUUCCCCUUUAACAAGAAAUUAGUUGAGUGACUGGAGUUGUCAGUGACGAAGAACUUGCUGGAGACGUCCGCUCUCCUUUGUGGACAGUGCUGUGUCAGAUAACGCUGAUGGAUACCUGCACCAGUGCCUUACAGUGCCUAGCCAGUGCGUGUGUGUUCCCCCUGCAGUGCAUAUCCCAGAGGCGCGUGCGUGGAUUCCCUUAAGUAGAAAUCGAGCCUCCUCUCCGUCCACCCCAUUGUGACUUUCGCCUCGCGUGUUAAAACGAAUUUUCUCCAAUCAUUGCAUUGCCCUCUUCUCGCUGGAUGAUAUAGUGAGGCCGGAGUGUACAUGAGCGCCGACACCGCGUCCUGUCUGCCUGCCAAUGUGCUGCCUCUUGCGAACAUCCAUGCUCCUUGUUGAAGGCGUGGACGUUACUCAGGAGUCCCCUCUUGCCCCCGACGAGACCCCCGCAGCCCCCCCGUCCUCUUUCACCCCGCCGCAUAGCCACGCCCAUAACAUGCUCGUCCUCCAACCACAGCAAUCCCUUCUCCACCCGAGCGUGGCUGAAGCCCUGUCGGCGUCCUACGGCCUGGCGUCCACCUUCGGAGAUGACUCCCUCAGCGGAACCACCAGCGAGGAGUUCAAGAUAAGCUCAGCGUUCACAGCCACGCCGGCGCCGAGCUACGGCGAGGGCGGCAGUGAAGCCUCCUUCACCGAUGUCUUCCAGACCGACUACCUGCUGGCGGCAGCUCCCCUCGAGGACCUCAAGCCCGUCAUCAGCCACCCGUCUUCGGGGACACCCCCGCCCGGAUCGCCAGGUCACACAGCAGUCACCGCUGCCUCGUCCGCAGCGGCCGCGGCUGCAGCUCUGCCAAGCUUCCAGGAGACUUACUCUCCGCGGUACAGACCGCUGGACGCUGAUGUGUUCACCUUCAAGACCGACAACGGGCGGCCCGUCGAGUACCCGCAGCCCCCGCCGGCGCACCAGACUUUCCCUCAGGCUUCCCCGCAGCACCAGCAGCAGCAACAGCUACAGCAGCAAGCCCAGUUGAACACACAGCAGCAGCAACAACAGCAACAGCAGCAGCAACAGCAACAACAGCAGCAGCAGCAGCAAAGCACAGGCCCCUUCGAGGCCUACGCCCACUCGCCCCAGGUGUACGCCAGGCCUGCGCCAUACCCCAGUCCUUCCGUUCCCGUCACGCACGGCUACUCCGGCCCGGCCAAGACGUUCAGCGGCGAGUUCUACCCCAACGCCCCCACUUACGAUGCUCUUCAGCCCCUCCAUCCAGACCAGUACAUGCGUCCCUCCACGUCCCACCACUACCCGGAGAUGGCCGGCGCCUCCACCUCGAGCACGCCUCCCAUGCCUUUCCUGAGCCGCAAGGGCGCAGGGGAGCACAUGGACCCCUCGUUGAUGCGCUCGCACCUGCCCCCCAUGGCUUCCGGGCGCCCCGCCUCUGAUCAAAAGCCACAGUCGCCAUCACAGCUGUGCGCCGUCUGUGGCGACACGGCUGCCUGUCAGCACUAUGGCGUUCGUACCUGCGAGGGUUGCAAAGGCUUCUUCAAGCGAACCGUCCAGAAAAACGCCAAGUACGUCUGUCUCGCUGACAAAAACUGCCCCGUCGAUAAGCGUCGCCGCAACCGAUGUCAGUUCUGUCGUUUCCAAAAGUGUUUGGUGGUGGGGAUGGUCAAGGAGGUGGUGAGGACCGACAGCCUGAAGGGCCGCCGAGGGCGCCUGCCCAGCAAGCCCAAAAGUCCCCAGGAGUCCCCGCCUUCCCCGCCCGUGUCCUUGAUCACGGCACUGGUGCGGGCGCACGUGGACACCACCCCUGACGUGUCCAACCUCGACUACUCGCAGUACCGCGAGCCCUCCGGCGGCGGCGACUCCCCGACCACGGAGGCCGAGCGAAUCCAGCUGUUCUACAACCUCCUCACCUCAAGCAUCGAAGUCAUCCGACACUUCGCCGAGAAGAUCCCCGGCUAUCACGACCUCGCCCGCGAAGACCAAGACCUCCUCUUCCAGUCAGCCUCCCUCGAGCUCUUUGUCUUAAGAGUAGCCUACAGACUCAUGAACAACCCCGAGGACACGAAAUUCGUCUUCGACAGCGGCCGAGUGUUGCACAGGUCCCAGUGCGAGUGGUCAUUCGGCGAGUGGCUACAAGGCAUCUUGGAUUUCUCAGCAUCGCUAAAAUCGAUGGAAUUGGAUAUUUCAGCAUUUGCUUGCCUCUCCGCUCUGACGAUCAUUACAGAGCGACAUGGCCUCAAGGACACCAAAAAGGUGGAGCAAUUGCAGAUGAAGAUCAUCAGUUCGCUGAGAGACCACGUGACCUACAACGCCGACGCCCAGAAGAAGCCUCACUACUUCUCUCGCAUCUUGGGGAAGUUGCCGGAGCUUCGAUCGCUGUCAGUGCAGGGCCUGCAGAGGAUCUUCUACCUGAAGCUGGAGGACCUGGUCCCGGCGCCUCAGCUGAUAGAGAACAUGUUCGUGUCCAGCCUUCCCUUCUGAAUCGGCGAGAGAACGAAAAAACGUCUCAAGACUGUAAAACCAUUAGGCUCAACGAUCUUCGUCUCGAAGUCGUGUUGUGAGCUGGCUCCUGACGAAGCUGGGACCCCUUGGUCGAGCUGACGUGGCCAUGGGCCUGCCGGAGAAGCAGAGGGCGACGACGCCAGAUUCCCGUGUUACCUUCCCGCCCGCGUCAACGCUGCCCACUGCCCACGCCCAGCCAGGUCUGCGGUUAAGUGGCCACGCUCCUCAUGUAAACAUACCCCAUGCAGGAAGCUGCUGUACACUCCCCCGUGGAGUCAUGCCCACAGAAUAAAAACAAAAGUAAGAGUGCAUUGUAGUUGUCACGUGACGAAGGGGCAGCGUACGUGCAGACACACUUCAGAUUUACAGAUUUUAUUGAGAGUAUGAAUGCAUUAUAUUUUCAACAAUCGGUAUAAGAAAAGAGGCCCUUGGCAGUUUGUUCGGCCUUGUCGGCAUGAGAGUAUGAAAGCUCUGGUGUGCAUGAUAUGAGACUUGUCAGUUCGGUGGGACGCCCUUGACAAACUAGUCAUUCUGUGAUUUACUGGAAAAAAAAGAUUUGAAGGAUGAGUAAUGAGAAUAUUGUUUAUACUUUGAGCUCAGUAAAGCUUGAUUCCGUAUUUUUGUAAUUACUUUUAAGUCAACUUAGAAUAGUCUGAAAUACAAUAUUUUCGGCCUUACCUUGUGCAUAGGUAAUUGUACAAAACCCUGUACAUAAAUACUCUUAUAAUUUGGGCUCCUUGAAUCCCAAUGUCGCAGAACCGGGAACCAGAAUUGGUCCAAGGAACUCUUCGCCAGCAUCAACCAAGAGCGAACCCACUCUCAAGGAUGAAUUCUGUAUCACUUAGGCUCUACGUUAAGAGAUCUCCACAAACUUGUCGGCUAUGCUGAUUCUCCCAUUUACGUCUGGAGGUUUUUACUCUGUGAUACAGAAUCGUACCCCCCCCUCAAAAAAGAAAACCUAUUUGAACGCAAUGAUGCCAAAGAAGAUCUCGUCUUCUGAGUUUCUAUUUAGAAUUCUUAAUCCAAUACGUACUCGAUGGUGCUGUGGAAUUCAAAACAAAAAUUGCCCGAGAAUAAGUGCAGCAAAGAGAAUGAUUUGCAAUAAUGUUCCUUGGGCCCUUCUCGUUACCACUUCCUCCUUCGGGACGCGCGCUUCCUUUGUCCGAAGUGCGCCGAUCCCCUGGAAAAAGGAUGCGAUUCCUCCUACAAAAGGGGCGCCUGUUCCAGAAUCCGUGUUUUGAAUCUUAUUUUUUGUCUCCGUUGACUGUGUAUUGGCCCGGUGAUAAUACUAUGGAGUAACUGACCUACUAACGCUUUUUUGGUCUAGCUGGGAGUUACAUAGAAGGGUUUGAAGUCCCCCAAUGUGCUGCUAGAACUAAUUUUUCCUGUGGAAGUUUUAAGUACCUGUAGCCUAUACGCGGCGCCCGUCUGUAACUCUGCUGACGAGACUAUUAUUGCCAUGGCUUCAAGCCUAUAUUGUGUCCCAAUUUUAACGUUGUCUGGUCACUGUUUUGCCUUUUAUGUUUUAGUCAGUAUUAUAUGUCAUUUCGUGUCAUAUAUUCAGUGUUCACAUUUUUUCAAUGUAACUGACGUCCACUGAAUCCAACCAACCUCACGGGAUCAGCACUGAACUGGGAAGUGCUUCUCCUGGUUUCUGCCCCCCCCCCCAUCCCCCACGCACACAACCCUCCCCCCAUUGUCCCUCCUCCUCCCUUCCCAUCCCAAAACCCCAUCUCCCCCUCCCCUCCCCUUCCCUUUGGUCCCGCAGCCCUCGCCGCACCAGCAAAAAAGGUGGAGGACGACCUUCCUCGUGGCCUCCUGCAGUCCCAACUCCGUCGUUGUGGAUAGAUGUCUUUCCAGGCCGCCCCCCUCCCUUUUAACCCCCCUUCCCCUCCCCCUCCCCAAGACUUCACCAGCCCUGUUUCGUCUGGAUGGUUCCUCCCCUGGCCGCCCUCACGCCCUAGGUGUAUGGUCAACAAAUUUACACGUGUGGGCGCCCAAGGGACUCUUUGGGUGGGAUCUGUUUGAACAUUGCGUUCACUCCAAACAUAAGUAUCCAUAUUGCAACAGUGAGAGAUAACCAUACAGUUUUGCAACGUAUGAGAGAAAAAAAAAACUAUUAUAUAUAUAUCCCCAGCAAUACCAUAAAUACUGUUGGAAAAGAAUACCUAUCUGUUAUCUCCAAAGAAAAAAAAGAUAAUAUUAAUGAUUUUUCUCAAAGUGACUAUGGAAUUCCAAAGAUAUUGGUGUCCCAUACAAUGUCUCGUUGUAUAAUUGUUUAAACGGACAAUCCAUUCGGUUUUUGCCUGAUUUAUGUAUGUGGUAGGAUCUAGAUGUUCACCGGAAAUUGUUCACAUAGCCACACACAUGUUCAGAUGACCUGAGAGUAUUUUACUUUCUCUCUCUCUCUCUCUCUCUCUCUCUCUCUCUCUCUCUCUCUCUCUCUCUCUCUCUCUCUCUCUCUCUCUCUCUCUCUCUCUCUCUCUCUCUGAUUCCUUCCCUUUCCCUGUAUUUUAUUUUUAUAUGUUUAAGAUAAGUUUCUUCUGAUUUAUUUUUUAUAAGUUCGCCGCCACACUGAUGCUGGUCUGUAGUCCAUGACAAGUGUUUUAGAUAAGUCGUUUGGUCUCUUUUGAAAAUGGUGCUGAGGUCAUCUGAGGUAUGCGUGUAAUAUAUUUUUUUGCCUUGAGCUUCUCUGUAGCAAUGGCCUAGGGAGAGCAGAUGUCAAGCUACAUAUCGUCUGCCAGAGUCGGACCUGUGAAGUUAAAGUAAAAGAGGAAAAAUAUCUAA